GUCAUUGGUUUUGUGGGUCAAGUUCAGUUCUAACCUGAUAUUGACAUGAUCCAAAACUGUUUGAACUAAACCCAACUCAAAUAUUAAAUGGGUCAGAAAAAUCAAAUCUUGACCUAACAUGUCUUCAACUCGCUGACUUGAACACUACCCAUUUAAAUUAAGAAAUAAUAGCGAUUUGGUCAAAUUCGGGUCAAUAUUGGGUCAAUUUUGGAUUGACGUGUGGAUUUUAAGUCAAUUUCAGGUUAGCGUGUCAUUUAAGGAUUGGCGGGUUAAUGCAGCCCGAAGAAUUAAACGGGUUGGGAUUGUUAACCCAAAUCUAUCAAAAAAUUAUUCGGUUCAACCCAUGCAUGGCUUUUUCAAGUCGGGUUCGGAUUAAGUUGGUGUGUCAGGUUAAUUUUGACACGCCUAAUUAGCAUAAACUGGCAUGCAUCACACUACAAGCAAUUAGUUAGGACAUGGGGUGCACAUUUUUUUUGCCAUGUUCGACCCGUUGGAGGUAUGUCGGGCUGGUCCAUGUUUGACACGAGUUGAACAAUGCAUACCUCCAUAAUAAGAAGUGUCGGUGCAAAGUAAACAUGAACAUGCCAUGCAUACAAGCAUUAGUUAGCAUAAAUCAGCAUGCAUCAUGCACCACAAGCAUCACUUUUGCAUCUGUCUUUUGGGACCAACAAAAGUUGCAAGGCUAGCAACCAUUGGUCGAAGACCGUGCCAUGAUCUUAGGUGCCUAACACUCGCUACCUUGUUCUAAAUAAACUCUGAAAAAUUUCCUCAAUGAUUAGAUUGGGGAAAUCAGAAACGCAGAGUCCAGAUGACAUGCCUGUACGAAGCAAGUUUAUGGAGUGAAACUAUCCACUCCAUAUUUCUUCACACCAGGAAAUUACGACGCAUGACCGGCAUUCGAGACGCGAAGAACGGCAUAGUGAAGAUUGAAUGGCUUCUCAACUGGGCGAGCUUCUUUGCCGCAAGGCUUGUCUGCCACAUUCUCAUCACUUGUAAGCUCAUCAUCGACUCAUCGAAGUUUGGUGAAGGAAUUGAGCUUCCCCUUGCGCUGUUUGGAAUGGCUGGAAUGAAUCUGCUUAAUGUUUUCCUUGGCAUUGAUCUCUUCAAAGCGUACAGGAAGGAGAAGAUUCAGUAGAGGUACUCUGGAGCUAUUUCUUGUGCUCUCUUUGUUUUACAUCAAGUGGAUUAGCUUCAAGAUUUUGUAAUUUUUGCCUUUUAUUAGGCUCUUUUUGAUAAACAUAUUUUGAAUUAUACAUGUUGUAUUGAUUAAAUUAUCUGUGUAGGUUAGCUCUUCUUCUUGAUGUAGUAGUUAUUAGGAGGGUAAAAUUGGAUAGUUUUUGACAUAUAAGACUUUUUUACAUAUUCAUCACACAAUUUUUAUGUAUUUAUGUAUCUGACAUUGUAACCUUUGAUAGUUAUUUAUGUAACACCCAAAAACCGAGUGCAUUAGCAUAA